AUGGUUAACUACAAACUCACCUAUUUCGAAGUUCGCGGUCUUGCUGAACCAACUCGUCAAGUAUUCCAUUUGGCUGGAGUUGAAUUCGAAGAUGUAAGACUUCCACAAGGAGACAAAAAAUGGGAAGAUUUGAAGACAAGUGAGUUAAUAAUAAACGUCUCCAGAGUGUUUAUUCAAAAAAUUUCAGAAGUUCCAUUCGGACAACUUCCUGUUUUGAGCGUUGAUGGAUUCGAAAUCCCACAAUCCGCUGCUAUCUUGAGAUAUGUUUCAAGAAAAUUUGGAUUUGCGGGAAAAACACCAGAAGAAGAAGCCUGGGCUGAUGCGAUUGUUGAUCAAUUCAAAGAUUUUGUUGCAUCUUUCAGACAAGUCAUUAUAGCUGUUCGUGAAAAUAAGCCAGCUGAGGAAAUUGAGAGAAUUAAGAAAGAAAUCAGUGAUCCAGCGAAAGAAAGCUACUUCAAAAUUUUGAAUGGUAUUUUGGCCAAAUCAAAAUCUGGAUUUUUGGUUGGAGACAGUGUUACUUUUGCCGAUUUGGUCGUUGCUGACAAUUUGGUGACCUUGGAGAAAAAUGGAGCAUUCAACAGAUCAGAACAACCGAAGCUCACAGCUCUUUUGGAAAAAGUCCACAAUUUGCCAAAACUCCGUAACUACAUUGCAUCUCGCCCAGAUACUCAAUUCUAA